AUGGCUUUGUGUAUGCUCAAAUUCUCCCCCUUGUUCCCUUCUGUUGCCAGCAAGCCGCAUGGCGUCCGUCCUGCUCUUCACCCUCGGGUGGUGGUUUCCGGAAAGAGCAGUCUCAGCUCCUCGAAUUCCCUGCGUGGGUUCCCUGUGAUUCUCCCCAAGACAGUCUCCGGUUUCGUCUCUUCUUCUCCCAAGCAGUCUUCAUUCACCGUUUUCGCCGCGAAAGGGUACAAGAUGAAGACCCACAAGGUGCGCCUCUUCGGCCUCGAUCUUAUUCUGUAUUUCCCGUGCGUUUUUGGGGGAUAGGAGCUCAGUCUUUACCCUAAUUUUCCGCAGGCUUCGGCGAAGCGAUUUCGAGUAACUGGUAGGGGGAAGAUUGUUAGGAGGAGGGCCGGGAAGCAGCACUUGCUGGCGAAGAAGAACACCAAGCGGAAGCUCCGGUUGUCUAAACUGGUUGGUCUCACUGCCUUUAUCUCUGAGAAUGGCAUUAAUUGGAACCACCAUCUGAAUUCCAGCAGAUUAUGUCAAAUUACUACCUCGUUUACCGUCAUCUAGCAGAUUCACGAUCUCCACACUGAAUUCCGACGAAGCUGACCACCAAAACCCCUUGUCGUAAGCUGGAUUGAUUGACGGAAUAGGCAGUUCUUUUUUUCCUUCCACAGGCGAAACCCGAAAGGCCUGGAAGCAAGGCAAAGUUACAGGGCGAACUAACAGCUAGGGUUUGUCCAGCCCAUUUGGUCAGCUGGUGCAAGAUUGAGAGAAGAAAAAAAUAAAACCAAUUAAUUCAAAUUAUCUAGCGUUGAAAAAAAUGGCCUCUAGGGGAGAAAACCAUUAUUCCAGUUUCGUGGUCACUCCUAUUACUUGAUAUUUCCUUCUGAACUCCCAUUUAUUAUUACCCCACAGAGGUUAUAUUAGCUUCAAUUUUAUGCUUGUGCAUGUUCUUGGGGAGUCUUUUGGCCAGAAAAUCCUGCUGAAUCGGUUAUGGGUAACCUGUGUACUAGUUGUGGUGUUGGUUGUGUAAUGCUGUUCCGUUUUCCUCCCUUCUUUUUUUUAUUAUUGCCACAUUAAUAAAAUUCGUUAAUCUUUCAUCAUUUUCCAUAUUUUUAUCGAGUGCUCACAUCUUAAAGAACACUUAUUUAGUCGAAAUAUUUCCUUUCAAUCGUGCAUAUCCCUGGUUUUUGUCCCACAUUCUAGGUAGAAGCUGGUUUUCACUUCAUUUUUCUUUCAUCUCAUUGCCCACUGUUGGGGCAUGAACACUGAAGGGAUCUUCUGUGCGUCUCAUGACAGUCUGAAAGAAAUCUUCGUUCCUCUCACUAGACUCUGCCUAGUCAACGCAAAAAAGGUACUCGAAUCGGCAAUGAGUUGAACUUUUCUAAUGGGACCAUAUGGGGAUUGAGUUGACCUUUUUUUAUGUAUUAUCUUCACCUGGAUGUAUCGUGGCUGCUCAAUAUGGAAUGCCCAUCAACCCCUCAAAGAAAAAUAGUUGAGUAGAAAGUAUAUUGACUUUUUUGAUGGACCACACGGGAACUUAGUUUACCUUUUUUACGUUGACCACUGCACUAUCAUCCUCAUCUUCACCUACCAGCCACUUGAUUAUAAUUUUUGUCGGAUAUACAUACCGUUGCAUCUCCAAUUACUUUAUAGUUCUUUGGUUUUAUGUUAGAUGCUUCUUUUUUCUUCGUGGUUCUUCUUUUAGUUACCAUUUCUCAUUGUUUCUUAGAAAACUUGCCAUUUUUAUCGAGAUGAAAAGAAACUCCUACAGUUUUAGUAAGUUUGAUUAUUUUCUAUGUAGUUUGAAGGCGAUCUUUAUUAAACCUCUUCUCUUCCUCAAAUACAGCUUCAGGUGGACCGAAGUGACUACGACAACGUGAUCGGAGCAUUGCCUUACCUGAAGGUGAACCGGCUGGCGAAGUGA